CAGCUUACCCUGACAUGGUGUCUUGUAUCUCCACUUGCCGUGGUACAGAUGCGCUACGGCAGGCGAUGUGCACGUAUGAGUGUUUACGGAUAUGGGAGCAACGUCUUGGAUAGAUGCACGAGGGUCCAGCAGGCAGUAGGCAUGUCACUGGACAUGCAGGUCCGGUCUGGGGAGCCAAAGCUUUUUGACGGCGCAAGUGCGUGGGGUGAAGAUGAGGGACCAGCGAGCCGCAGCAGAGGGUUCAAUGGCUCCGCCUGCUCGCAAUUGCUCGGAGGUGCUUUUGCGGGAGCAUGCCUCAGUGAUGCGCGGCGCUAUCGACCAACCCCAGAGAUGCGCCAAAACAAAUCUCACGUCUCACUGCCGGCGUCCCAAGAGCGCGCAGGGCCUGAUGGGGUUGAUGAUGCUAGCCCGAGGUGCAGCGCCCAGUCGCGGCUAGAGAGCGUGCACGCCCGUGCGUCAUGGCCCUGCAAGCCACCACAAACGGCCUCGAAGCCACCGUGCUUGCUUGUGCCCACCACCCCUGAAGCCAUCCCAUUUGCCUUCGGCCCACUCUCACCAAUUCCGUGUGUAACUAUCAAUCAUCAAUCAACGCCCAGUCACACAAUUAUCAGACACGAUUGCUACCCUGGCCACUCUUGGGAAGCAUCGCGUGAUGCAUACUCAAACACGAUCAAACAUCGCCAACGUAUUCCAACAUCCUAUCACGGCCGCCUGCCCAUAUCCGUCAUUUUGGCCCUGGGCGGCCCUGUUUUCUCACGGAUGACUCUACCCAAUUUUAAGCAGCCCGAGUAGACUCGAGCAGCCUUGUCAUCACGGCAGCCGCUCGCCGCACCUCCAAUCAGGCGUGUCAGAGAGAAACCUUUCCAACUCGAGUCUGUACUCAUCACAUAAAAUCACCCAAUGGUUACAUGUGUCAGUCAUACCUUAUCUUCCGCUCCGGUCAUACCUCUAUAUCAGAAAUAUUCCGGCAUGGCGCAUCAGGGCUCGGAUCAAGAACUAUGCCACAUGUGGCAGCCCUGCAUGCACUCUAGUUCAAUCUUUCACAUGUCCAACUGCUGCACACUUUACUCUUUC